AUGAUUGAGGAUGAUGGAUUUCUAGAGAUAAAGAAGCUAAGGAUGGAGAAAAGUGGCAAUCCACCGCCAUAUGGCUGGAGUAACGGCCAUACAAUGCAGAUUCCACCAGCGGCUCCGCCAAGUUAUUCACAGGCCGUUGGGGGUGUGGGACCCUCUAGUCCUUAUACACCACAAUAUAUGGGAGCAUCAUCAGGCCCUGCGAUUGUAACAACAGUGGUGCCUGUUGGACCUCAUCCCACGCACAUGAUCUGUCCCAGUUGCCAUGCAGAAAUGGACUCUUUCACACAAACAAAACCAGGACUUAUUGCUUAUGUGUCUGGAAGCAUCAUUUGUAUGUUAGGGGGCUUUCUAGGUUGCUGUCUCAUCCCAUGCUGUAUAGAUAGUUGCAUGGAUGUGCAUCACAAGUGUCCUAAUUGUGGGGCUUAUCUUGGUCGUUACAGACGA